GUCACACGGUCGCAGUCGGAGGAAGCGCAUCAAGCUUUCUGCGCCAUAUGUGUGAAUGUCCUUCCCAGACCUCCUGCCCAGACCUCAAAACCCCAAGUACAGUACAAAGAAAUGUGCUGGUCUCGCACUCCCCGUUAAAAGAGUACCGUGUCCCUUUAACAGCGUCUGACAAAAAGCCCAUCUGAUCCCAGAGCUCCAAUCACCAAUUCCUCCUGCAAAAGCAGCCUCUGCAUUUUUGUCUGUCUGAAUGCUACAGCAGCAGCAGCAGCACGGGGGGGAGAGACUGAGGAUCAGGCAAACAGUGAGGAAAUGUGACAAAUCAACGCUCCUUUUCAUGGCGAAGGGGAAACUGCUGCGAGAGGAGUUAUUCUGGGACUCCUUCGAGCCUCGACGCGCCGGAUCAAAAUGCUCAUAGUGGAGAAGACCACAGACUUCCCCACUGCUGAGUUCUCUCUGGUGGAGGAUGUGGCUCUGCACUUCACCUGUUUGAUGGACAGGCUGAACGAGCAGCGCCUCUUCCAGCCCGACCUGUGUGACGUCGACAUCGUUCUGGUGCGUCAGCACAACACCUUCCCUGCUCACAAGGGCGUGCUGGCGGCCUACAGUCCUUUCUUCCACUCUCUGUUCGCCCAAAGCAAACAGCUGCGACGGGUGGACUUGUCACUAGAUGCUCUGACCUCACAGGGUCUGCAGCAAAUCCUGAACUUCAUCUACACCUCCAAGCUGCUGGUGAGCAGCCGCACUGUUCGGGACGUGCUCAACGCGGCGACUCUCCUUCAGAUGAGCGACAUCGCAGCCUCCUGUCGCGACCUGAUCAGCAGCCACUCGCUGAGAACCGCCUGUCCUGAUAUGGCCAGUCACGAGGGGCUCGCUGACCCAGUCAUGCCCCCAAAUCAGCUUUACUCAGAGAUCAAACAGGAGGCGGAGCUUGGGAGGGUGUACAAGAGGGAUGGCGGCAGCCCAUUUUCUGUAAGGGUGGAGGAGGCGGGGAAGUUGACCUCCCAGCAGAAGCAGUAUUAUCAGAAGGAGGAGGGGUCAGGGGGCGGGGCUGCUCUGUGCAAAGUAGAAAGUAACGGAGAAGAGUUAAAAACGACAGAUGGUCACAUCUCCUUCAGCAGAGACCAGAUCAUUGUGGAAGUCAACUUAAACAACCAGACCCUGAACGUGUCCAAGGGUUCUGAGGGAAAACCAGCAACCACAGAGACCGCCACCAUCUUUGGUCACUGCCAUGACAACGAGAUAGAUUCACAGGAAGAGGAGGAGAACGAGGCAGAGAACGAUGACACGGUGGGAGAUGAGGAUGAUGAUGAGCUGAAGAGGGGGAACCUACUGGGGCAAAGCAGUGAGGAGGAUGAAGAAGAGGAAGAUGAGGAAGAGGAGGAAAACACUCUAAACAUUCCAGGGUUGGAGCAGGCGGCCAUGUUGGAUCGGCCUCGCCGGGGCACCAGAGCCUUCGCCAUGGCGGGUACGACCGCCUCCAUGAGACAGACGCUCACAGAAGCCACGUUAGCCAACCAGCGGCAUGCUGGGAAGAGGACGCUGGAUGCUGAGGGGCUGGGUCAGAAAGUGAGGCUGGAGGAGAAGCAACAUUUCCCGUGUAAGAAAUGUCCUCGUGUGUUUAACAACCGUUGGUACCUGGAAAAACACAUGAACGUCACACACAACCGCAUGCAGAUCUGCAACAACUGCGGGAAACGCUUCCUGUUGGAGAGCGAACUGCUGCUGCAUCAACAGACCGACUGUGAGAAGAGCAUCCAGUGUGUAACAUGCGGAAAGGCCUUCAAGAAGCUGUGGUCUCUGCAUGAGCACAACAAGAUCGUCCAUGGCUACGCUGAAAAGAAGUUCUCCUGUGAGAUCUGUGAGAAGAAGUUUUACACAAUGGCUCACGUCAGGAAGCAUAUGGUUGCCCAUACCAAGGACAUGCCGUUCACCUGUGAGACGUGUGGGAAGUCGUUCAAGCGGAGCAUGUCCCUGAAAGUUCACUCUCUGCAGCACUCGGGAGAGAAACCCUUCAAGUGUGAGAACUGCAGUGAGCGCUUCCAGUACAAAUACCAGCUGCGGUCCCACAUGAGCAUCCACAUCGGACACAAGCAGUUCAUGUGUCAGUGGUGUGGGAAGGACUUCAACAUGAAGCAGUACUUUGAUGAACACAUGAAGACACACACAGGAGAGAAGCCGUACAUCUGUGAGAUCUGCGGGAAGAGCUUCACGAGCCGGCCCAACAUGAAGCGCCACCGCCGCACCCACACCGGGGAGAAGCCGUACCCCUGCGAGGUGUGCGGCCAACGCUUCCGCUUCUCCAACAUGCUCAAGGCCCACAGGGAGAAAUGCUUCCGCGUCAGCAACCCCAUGGUCACCGACGGCAUGGACCUUCCUCUGGGCUCACCUGCUGUGGACUCUUCUGGUCCUGUGCAGCUCGGCACGGCCCUCCCUGCCACGUCUGUGACCACGCCCACGGCUGCCUCCAGUCCACACCCUCUCCAUGGCACCCAGCUGUCUCUCCCCCUGCUGCACCCCAUGGGGGGGCUGCCUCCAACCCCUCAUUUACCCCCACCGCCCCCCCUGUUCUCUGCCGGUAGGAUGAACUCCAACAACUAACAACUCCCUGUAGCAUCUAAAGCACUUUUGUUACCUUG